UAGCAGAGAGGUUGCGUACGCUAGCAUCGGUUGGAGUGUGGUGUUGUGUGACUUCGCUUGUUGGAGGAGUUGGGAGUCUCAUAUUCUGUUGGAAAGAUAGUUUCAUACGUUAUUUCUUCCGUGGGAAAUAUUGGAUUUUACAGGAUAUCAGAGUUUUAUGUACAUGGUUGGAAUUAGUUACUCAAUGCAAGGCAUGAUUUGAAAAAGUUUGGAAGUUCGACUAGGAUGUAGCACAUUAGCAUUAGCAGAUGCAGAGGAGUGUGUAAUGGAGUACAGUACAUAGAGUUGGCCAUCGGCAUAAAGUGACUUUUUGAGUUGGUCUGGCAUAGUUAAUGGUUGCUUACCUGCCAUUCUCGUGAUAAAAUGGGGAAUAGGAAAUGAUCAUUUUAUCUGUGGAAAAUCGAAUGUGAUCUUUGAUGGACUUGCGCUGCUUUCAAACGAUGCAGGAAAACUUGCCCUUCGUGUGAGGACAGCAUCUUUGAUGUUGCUGGGUGUGUAACUUGAAACGUGAAACGUGAAAUGAAGAUUAAUGCAUUCGAAAGGACUUUAAAUCGGGGUAAAUUCUGUGAUGGAUCUUGACCCUCUUGGUCAUCAUGACCUGUAGGACAUUGGACUUGUUGUCGUCUGCAUGAGACUUUGUUCAGGCAUUGCCAUGGAUACUGUUAGCCUGAAGGAAAUGAAGACGAUGAAAGGUGGAAACUCUUUCAUGUUGCUUUCACCAGAAACGUUGUUGGACAAGUUGCUGGUGGUGUGUCCCAAUGUUGAUUACUGUGAGGAGGUUCUGCCGAGGAGCGACCUGGAAGCACAUCUACAACAUAGAUGUCGGGGUGCUGUGAUCCAGUGUGUCAAGUCUCACCUGGGUUGCACGUUCCAGGGCCCUCGCAGUGCCUUAAACAGUCACCUUUGGGAGUGUCCAUACAGAGAUGAGAAAACAGACCAGGACAAUUUUGAUAGGAAUGUUCUUCCAAAGGUGCCGGUCAUCGAAGGUGAGGUGACCACAGUCGAGAUACAACGAGGGUGCUAUGAUCUGGGCAUGUCCAUCGUUGGUGGAUGUGAUACCCCACUGCGUGAUGGAACACCGAUGAGGUCACCUGGCCACGAACCAAUCACAGUCUGCAUCGUCAUCCAAGAGAUAUUCCCUGAAAGCGUGGUUGCCAAGGACGGGCGGCUGAUGCCAGGCGACCAGAUAUUAGAGGUUAACGGCGAAGACCUUACUCAGGCCACCCACGAAGAAGCACGGAGCGCACUUUCACAGCUUUAUCCAAUAUGUCGACUGACGAUAUAUCGAGAAAAGGCAGAUGAAUGUCAUCCAAUCGAAAAGGAGGAGAUUAUACGAAUAACGCUCAAAAAAGUUCCCGGCAAGCAACUCGGGAUCAAACUAGUCGGAAAAAAGAAUGGUCCAGGUGUCUACAUAAUGAGUUUGAUUCCUAACGGCUUGGCCAGUUUGGAUGGACGACUGAAAAAGGACGACAGAAUCCUUGAAAUAAAUUAUCAGGACAUGACCUAUGGCACCCAGGAACAGGCAGCAGAAGUUAUACAGAGUAACGCGGAUAAAGUUCAGUUCGUUGUGAUGAGAUGCAGCCGCCCACAGACCCCCGACUUAAUCCGGUCAACGUCGAAAGACUGUAUAGCAGAGUCCAUCUUAACUGAAUGCCAGAAGCCGGCAGAGGGACAGGGGGGUCGCGCUAGUAGGCUAUGCAAGGAAAGGGCUGUCAAUGUACAAAAGAAUCCCACUGAAUCAUUGGGAAUCAGCGUUGCAGGGGGCGUCGGCAGUCAACGGGGCGACGUACCCAUCUAUAUAACCAAUAUACAACCUCAAGGAGCGCUAGGGCGUAGUCGACAGGUUAAGAAGGGCGAUAUCUUGCUUUCUGUAAAUGGUGGCAAUCUCGUCGGACUAACUCAUAACGAGGCUGUGCGAGCUUUAAAAUCUGGUGCUGACUGUAAAUCAGUGACGUUAAAGGUGAUCGACGGUCCAGAGACAAUUGACGGAAUAUCAAACUUUACCCCAUCAUGGCUUUACUGGUUACAGAUGCCAAAAUCCUGCCAAAUAGUGAAGACAAUAGCGUUAUCUCGAGGUCCGACAGGAAGUCUUGGCUUCUCGAUCGUCGGUGGUAAUGAUACAUGCCAAGGUGUUCAACCCAUUCAUAUAAAAACCAUCGUGCCUGGGACACAAGCCUCACUGGAUGGACGGUUACGAUGUGGUGAUGUGAUAUUGUCCGUGAACAACUAUCAUCUAAGCGAUAUAGCUCACAGUCACGCCGUGUCACUCCUCAAACACGUUAAAGGAACUGUAGCUUUAAAUAUCGUCUCUUGGCCGGGCACAGUCGUAUGAUGUGGGACUUUCCUACGUUGUGGGAUUUAGAUACUCUGUGUGAAACUUGAAACUGUUGGAUAAUCCAAAAUCGUGUGUGCUUGACCUGGCUAGGAAAUCAGAAACUGGAUACUUAAACCUCUCAACAGGAUUUGUCGAGACGGAUUUGAUUUGCCUGAAGAUAUCAACUGAGACUUUGUGUACUUUCAUUCGACACUUCAUGUGGUUGGAAUAUGAUAAUGCAAGACUGAAGUGACUUUUCUGACAGGUUGGUCCUUGAGUUUCAUGAGGAUAGACCAACAUCGAUUGGCUUGGCCAUUGAGAUGAAACUUGUGUAACCAAUUCAGAUAUUAAGUGAUUAUGAUGUACAACCACUCAUGUAAUAGGAUGAUUUACAUCUCAUUGAGCUUUGCACCCAUUUUCCGCCGGCAGGGUCUGGAAUCCAGCAGACCGUUUAUGAAGUCUAAUGUAUUUGUCCUGUAAAUAUUCUAAUGAGGAUAGUUUGAAAUAUCCCUGUUCUUGGUAAGAUCUAAUCAAAUCGACACUUAUUGAUAUGAGUUUGACCUAGAUUCUGAGCUGUGGGUCACAUUAAUUUUUCUAUCUCCAAAACCUGCCAAAAACAGAGAUAUGUCAUUGAUUCAUAGUGGUACACUGUUUUCAAAAGACGAUCAGCUUUUUUCUGAGGAAAAUCUUUGUAUCGCAUCAUAUCGCAUUUAUGAGGCGUCUGUAGCAUUUAUGUUCAUUUUGUCAUCAGUGAUGCUACUGUGGCCCUGUUUGUUUAUGAGUGUUGCCAUGGAGAUAAUAAAUCCAUUCAGAAUUCUUUGUGGAACACUUUAUAGAACACUGUGUGUGGAGCAUGAAUCAAUGACCACACGGAUUAAUUUGAAUCUAAUUCAUGGGUCUGAUGAGAAUCCAACAUUUAUUGUGUAUAGUUUAUUUUGGUUCAUCUAAUAUUGCUUCAUGACAUAUUUUCUUUUGUGCCAAAUGUAACAAUUGAUUUCUAAUUUACUGCAAAUCACUAUACAUUUGAUUUCAGACAGAGUGUGUAGAUAUAGUGAUUUUCACCGAGGCUGAGACAGACUUUAAGCAAAGUGUUUCAUUCCCAAAGUUAUUAAUCUGGGCAGGGGACACCCUUUCUGUAUCAGCUCACGAAAAUUUCACUGUUUACUUGCAGCAGUAGCAUUUCAAGCCAAACUUGUCAACCUUUGUGCUAUUUUCACUUGUUUUCUUAUCACUGUUAUUUAUAAACUUCAGUUUUAAUCUGAACAUGGAACUGUAUUGACAAGGUAGCUGAUAAUGUGGGCUGAAAGUGGACACAGUUCUGAAAAGUUUUAAUUUAAUUUGAUAGUAUUUAGUUGUGGAUUAACGUGAUUUUUAGCUUGAUGCUUGUCAUAGCAAAGCCACGAUAGACGUUGAUGGCACAAUGAGGUGUUUGGUUAGCCACUGCCGAAGAUUGGCAAUAUUUGAUAUGGCAUUUGAGGGUCGGGCAUUUAAGCCCAUGAAGAUGAGAAAUCUGGAGUCAGUCAGAUUGUGCUUAUUCUUGAGUACAAGGAGGAUAUCUACUGUAAAGCUUAUCAAAAGUUUGGUUUCACUUGCUUUGGAAAUUUGCACCAUUGCUGAAAAGUUGACAAGCUUUACUGAGUAGAUUUGAUUUGUGGAUCUUUUGCUCCAUAUUUGACAUUACAAGUCUAGUCAAAUUGUCCUCUAAUUGCAUUUAAGGUGAUUGGAUCACAUUUGCAUAAGUUCUACAUGACUUCAUAUUUAGUAGCGUUCAUCCUGAUAUUGAUAAAUCAGAUAGUUAAUCCUAAUGAGUUGCCAUUUUCUUCUGUGGCAAAGAUGGGGGGGGGGGGGGAUUUUGAUAUUUUGCUCACUUUCAGCAGAAUAGAAAAUAGUUGAAAUAAUAGUGUUCAGAGAGUGAGAGAAUGUGCAGACAUUGUUGAGCAGACAGUUUGAUAGCCUUAACACUGUUAAGUUUAGGGUAAAGACAUGUUGAGGUUCCUUCAGAUUUGCUGUAUAUUCAGUUCAUCAACAAUGAGAUUUUACCUCCAUGUCUAACAGUGAAAAACCACAGGUUGUCAUUUCAGUUCUGAUUUUGUUGUUCGUUGGUUGGAAAGCAGUUAUAAGGUGGGGGGAAUACGUCGUUCUUGAAUUGAGAAUAAAACUGGUAAAGAAGUUGGUGGUGCCCUCUAUGCAGAAGCUUGGGUAUAGAUUUCAGGGUUGUGUGACAUUUGCUGUCAAAUGAGCCAAUUCAUGGGUGGAAAAAGAUGGGUCAUUGACUGCAUAUGGUGCACAUCCCUGUAAUGUAUAUCCUUGGUAGUACAUUUCCGGUGAGAUGAUUGGAGCCUUCAGUGUUUUGGAAUUCUUGGGGCAUUCAAAGGAAAAUUUUAAAAAUUUGUAAAAUAUUUUUGUAGUGUUGUUGGUAAAUUAAUCAAAUGGAAAUUUUUAUUAAAUCUUCGGGUAAAAAUCAUUGACAUAUUAAUGCACCUUAAAAAAAUUGUUGUAAUCUGUUUCUUUGGCUAGCCAAAUUGUCUUUGUAAUAAAUUGUAAAUUCAUGACAAGAAAAGACAUGUCAUAUCCUGAGUUUUCACAAAUUAUCUAUACGUUGAGUACAGAUUGAUUUCAUACUUGGAGCUGCUCGUGCUGCCUGUUUUGAUGGUUAGUCCCCUUUUACCUGAAAUGUUUGAGAAAUAAAGUUUUCAUAAAAGCUUACUAGUCGUGAAAGGGUUAAAAGCAGUAAAACAUGGUACGUAAGGUGAAAUGUGUUCUUGAGUGUCCUCGGUAUUGUAGACGAACAAAUAAAAAUUUGUGUUGUUUUUCACCUGAACUAGAUCCAUGUAGGCCUACUUUAUGUAACGCACUGCUUGGCAAUUUGGGGAACUCAUUCCCCAGGUUAUACUUGGCCAUCAUGGGAGGGCACCUGAACAGUUGGCCCUUUUACCUAUAUUAGGGGGAAAAGACGUCCGUCUUCACCGGCGUAAACCCAUCAACACAGUAUCCGCAGCUUGCAUUUUGGUUUUACUUGGGUCAUUUUAAGAGUUCCCAAAAAUCAUUGGUGCCUAAAAAGUAAACCAAUCAUGUCAUCUAAUGGACCUAGCUGAGGUGAAAAACUCCUAAAUGUUACAUGUAAUGUAAAACUAUAUUGACUCUAUUAACACCUUCAGCGCCGAACGUGGCCCAAAUCCCCCUUUUUGAGCUGGUUAUCGGAGCCUCAUGGACCUAAUGUAUGAACUACGCCUUCGCCAUCUUCAGGGCACGGUAGGAACUGAAAAGUCCGUUUGGUCUUUUCGGUUUCUUUUCAGUUCCUACCGUGCCCUGAAGAUGGCGAUGGCGUAGUUCAGAACUUUAAAUGUCUUCAUGAAGUUCCUACCUUGCCCUGAAGAUGGCGAUGGCGUAGUUCUUUCAUGAAGUCCAUGAGACUCCGAGAACCAGCUCGAAGGGGGAGGGGAUUUGGUUCACGUAUAUCUACGUGGUUCGGCGCUGAAGGUGUUAAAUGAUUUACACUUCUCUUGUACAUAGAAUGUAUGUAAUAAAACAAAAAGUAAAAUUGAAA